AUGGAAACCUUUAUUGUUGGAGAAUCAAGCCUAAGUGAAAGGGAUGUCUGCGACAUCAUAGCUAAAGAGAUUUCGAGAUUCAUGAGAGAAGAUAUGCCUCGUUUGAUCAGCUUUGUCAUGGAGGAGAUGAUUUCCAUGAUAUAUGAGCGCCUUAGGGUUCUUCAGGCUGAUUUGGAGGCCGGUCGACUCAUGACUCAGAAGGUUUUCUUUAGGGAGUUGGAUACUUGUGGAGCUCCUUGUUUCUUUGAGGGAAAGGAUCAUAUCAUUAAUAUGCGUUGCAUUAUCGACAUGGAGAGCACCUUUUGUGUUAACUUCUAUCCGGAGGAGGCCAAUGUUAGAUUUGCGACAUGUAUUCUGUGUGACAGAGCUAGGGAAUCGUGGUGCGAGGUUGUCCAGAAUCUCGAACUAGGAGAAGUUGAGUCUAUGACAUACGAAUAUUUUGUCACAAAAUUCAAAAGAGAAUUUGUGCUGUCCAUUAAGGUUCAACAGUUGACUCAAGAGAAUCUAGCACUCUAG